AUGAGAACCUGGAAUAACACAAAUUUGCAUGACUUCAUCCUUAUGGGGCUGACAGAUUCUGAGGAGACCCAGCUGGCACUCUCCGUGCUGUUUCUUCAGAUUUACCUGUUUACUGUGCUGAGCAAUCUAGGCAUGAUCAUGAUAAUUUGUCUGGAUAUCCAGCUUCACAGCCCUAUGUAUUUUUUCCUCACUCACCUUUCAGUCAUUGACCUCAGCUACUCCAGUGUCAUCACACCUAAAACUUUAGUGAACUUACUAACUUCUACCAAGAGUAUUUCAUUCUUGGGCUGUUUCAUACAACUGUAUCUAUUUGUUUGGUUUGGAGGUGCUGAAAUUUCUCUCCUCUCUGCAAUGGCCUUUGAUCGCUAUGUGGCCAUCUGCAAUCCUCUACAGUACCCUGUUAUAAUGUCCUCAAGACGCUGCUGCGCCCUCCUUGCUGGCACUUACAUGAUUGGCUUUGUGGAUGGUUCUUUUACUGUGCUCUCUAUAGCCAAAUUGGCUUUCUGCAACUCCAAUGUAAUUCAUCACUUUUUCUGUGAUGUAUCUCCAAUUUUAGCUCUGUCCUGCAGUGAUACAUAUGCCACUGAAAUUGUAGUAUACAUUUGUGCUGGUUCUACACUGUUACUGUCCCUUAUCACACUGUCCUGGUCCUAUGUGUCCAUUCUCUCUACUAUUCUGAAAAUUAAGUCCACUUCAGGGAAGCAGAAAGCCUUCUCCACCUGUGCCUCUCACUUGCUGGGAGUCACCCUCUUUUACGGUACAACAACCUUUACUUAUUUAAAACCCAGGAAGUCCUAUUCCCUGGGAAAGAAUCAAGUGGCUUCUGUGUUUUACACAAUUGUGAUCCCCAUGCUCAAUCCACUCAUUUAUAGUCUUAGAAACAAGGAAGUGAAAAAUGCUUUCAUUAGAGUUGUGAAGAAGAAAAGGGGGAUCCAAACAACUAAGAUAAUAAUGAUGUGA